AAGAGACUGAGAAUGGAUGGGCAAGCGAGAAACUGCGAGCGAGAGAGAAAGAGUGAGCGUGUGUGUGUGUGCUCAGAGUCAGCAGCGGAGACACAGAAAGUCUACGGGCUCACAUCAACAAGAGAGCGUGUGAGGCAGCGCUGACCGCCGACAACUCUGAAGAGUAACACAGACGGGAAGGAGACUCAUAGAGAGACAGAGAAGAGGAGGAAUCAGCAGAAGAAGAGAGGGACUGAAGUGAAGACAGACUACCAGCCUUCCACUGGUAAAAGGAGACACCACUGAGGGACCGUAGCAUCCGUCCCCCCGAGCAGCACAGAGGAGCACUGUCUCAUCUCGUGCAUGUGUUUGUGCCUGCCAACUUCAAUUUCACACUCGCCCACUGUUUUUCGUAGGUUUUGCCCUCAACACUCCACAGUCAUGAUCCCUUGGGUCCUUCUGCUCCUGUGGAUCUCCGGACAUGGGGCGGCGGCCAUGUUUUCCCAGCAGCCACAGGACCUGGUGGUGGUGGCAGGCCAGCCUGUGACGUUACCGUGCACCAUCCCUGGUUACCAUGGCAUAGUCCUAUGGAUCAAAGACGGCCUGGCGCUGGGAGUUGGCAGAGACCUCGCUGGCUAUCCUCGUUACACAGUGAUUGGUGACCACGGUUCAGGGGAGCAUCAUUUGCGGAUCCAACGUGUCGAGCUGAUGGAUGACUCUAUGUUUGAGUGCCAGGCCGUCCAGGCUGCCAUGAGGUCCCAUCCUGCCCGCCUCACUGUGCUGGUUCCCCCAGAGGAUCCAGUCAUCAGUGGAGGGCCGGUGGUGAGCCUAAGGGCGGGUGACCCCCUCAAUCUGACCUGCCAUGCUAACAAUGCCAAGCCGGCAGCCUCAAUCCUCUGGAUCCGCAACGGAGAGGUCCUGAAUGGGGCCAUGUACUCCAAGGUAAGCAUAGAGACCUUGCUCCGGGACGGCAGGAGAGAAAGUACAGUGAGCACGCUCUACCUAUCGCCUUCCAACAUCGAGACGGGUCAGCAGAUCAUAUGUAAGGCCUCCAACAAGGCAGUCCCCAACGGCAAGGAGACCAGUGUCACAAUUGACAUCCAACAUCUCCCACUUGUCAAUCUCUCAGUGGAGCCUCAGCCUGUUCUGGAGGGCAACAUUGUGAAAUUCCACUGCUCUGCAAAGGCCAACCCUCCUGUCACACUCUACAGGUGGGCCAAGGGAGGAAGCAUAAUCAAGGAGGUCUCCGGAGACACAUAUGAGGUCAUUGUGGACCACUCCUUCUUUACAGAACCCGUUUCCUGCGAGGUCACCAACCCGCUUGGCAGCACCAACAUCAGCCGCAAUGUUGACGUCUACUAUGGUCCUCGCAUGGCGGCAGAGCCUCAGUCCUUGCAGGUGGACCUUGGAUCUGACGCUGUUUUCAACUGUGCCUGGACUGGAAAUCCCUCUCUUACCAUAGUGUGGAUGAAGAGGGGAUCUGGAGUGGUUCUUAGCAAUGAAAACCUCCUCACACUGAAAUCUGUGAGACAGGAGGAUGCUGGGAAAUACGUUUGCCGUGCUGUGGUCCCGCGUGUUGGAGCAGGGGAGAAGGAGGUUUCUCUCACUGUCAAUGGCCCCCCUACUAUAUCCAGUACACAGACUCAACAAGCUUUACAUGGAGAAAAGGGGCAAAUCAAAUGUUUCAUUCGAAGCACACCUCCUCCAGACCGCAUUGCCUGGUCAUGGAAGGAAACCGUGUUGGAGUCUGGAACGUCCGGCCGCUACACGGUGGAGACCGUCACCACAGAGGAGGGAGUGAUCUCCACACUGACCAUGAGUAACAUUGUCCCGGCUGACUUCCAGACCAUCUACAACUGCACCGCGUGGAACAGCUUUGGCUCGGACACCGAGAUCAUACGCCUUAAGGAACAAGGUGGGAGCCAAGAAUCUCUCCCAGUGGCGGUGAUCAUUGGCAUUGCUGUGGGAGCUUUUGUGGCCCUCAUUGUCCUCAUGGGCACCAUUGGAGCAUUCUGUUGCACCCGCUCCCAGAGAAAGGAAGCGCACCUGGUUAUGCCCUCACUGCCCGUCUCCAUCUGUGCUCACCAGAGAGAACUUGCAAGCAAAAUUAAGACAGAAAAUCUGAAAGGAGUCGUGUCGGCGAAAAAUGACAUCCGGGUGGAGAUUGUGCACAAAGACCACAAUGCAGCACGGGAAAACGAAGAACACACCUCCAUGAAACAACUGAUGGUGAGUGUUGAACGUGGAGAGUUCCAGCAGGAGUCUGUACUGAAGCAGCUGGAGGUACUACAAGAGGAAGAGAAGGAGUAUCAGCACAUUAAGGACCCUACAAAUGGCUACUACAGCGUCAAUACCUUUAAGGAGCACCACACGCCGACCAUGGCUGGGACUCAGUCUACUGAAGUGAGGAACCCCACCAACACAGGUACCCUGGGCAAGCAGCGGGUGCCAACGGGCAUGUCCUUCACCAACAUCUACUCCACUCUGGGAGCAGGUCCCAACCGUCUCUAUGACUACAGCCAACGCUUCGUGCUGGGCAUGGGCAGCAGCUCUAUCGAGCUGUGCGAGCGGGAGUUCCAACGCGGCUCGCUCAGCGACUCCAGCUCUUUUAUCGACACACAGUGUGACAGCAGCGUCAGCAGCUACAGUAAGCCGGAAGGCUACGUGCAGUUCGACAAAGACAGCAAGGCGUCGGCCUCCUCCUCCUCCCACUAUUCCCAGUCCUCCUCGCAGAACUCAGACCUCACCCGGCCGCUCCAGAAGCGCAUGCAGACCCACGUCUGACCACCAGGAGAGGGAGAGUGUUUGAACGGGGUGUAACAAGCAGCCGGGAUUGUAAAACUGUGAUAGGAUCAGCUCCCACGAGCCACUAAAGUAACAACGUUACUGUCUCCUCUGGACACCUGGAGAUGCCGGGGCCGGUUGGCUUUAAUACACCGUGGGACUGGUUCAGACUUCUCAAUGUCCCAAAAAGUGGAUCAAGAAGCCUUAUAUUUCCCUCAUGCUUAACUCAUCAGCCACCUCCUUUAUUUUAGCCCAUAAUCAGAAUUGUGCCACAGAGAGGUUAUUUGCCAACACAGAGACAGCAGUAGUUUUGAGUUUGAACAUUCAAUACUCGGUUUCUGCAGUGCAAUCGCUAGCAGAGGGCAGGAAUAUGAAAAAAUGCCUUGUGUGACAAUCAGCUCUCCUGGCAAAGACCAUUUUUGCCUUUUGAAGAUUGUCAUUCAGAAAAACUGAGAUUGAAGUUGCGACUGCACUCAGUACGAACGUCAUGAUAAUGAGUGCGAGCCAAUGUCCUGCUGCUCUCUGGUAGAUUGAAGCACAACAAUGAAUGUGCAUGUGGUUUUUGGUUGUUAAAGCAAUAACUCUUUCCUCUCCCCACCUUCCGUUCAAACACAGUAUGUCAGGCUUGGCUUGUUGAAACCCAUCUCCUGUGUGGGUGGUAGAAAACUUUCUCCAUGUGCCCACAGACGUCUUCAACGUUUUAAAAGAGCAACUCUUUUUGUUUUUUUCCUCUCUGCAGCAGUAUCUGGGCCACAGAGCUGGACAGAUAAAGAGGGGCUGAGAUCUCAUUUUAAAUCCCUGAGUCAUUAUUUUACUGUGACACAAAAAAAAAAAAAUAUCAGUGUAUAUACGUGACUGUAAUUUCUUUUCUAGCAUCUAAUUUCUGACUCUGAUUUCCCUCAUGGAGGACUCUAAAUGAGACAUGAGCGCCUCUUCUUGUCCAUAUCUACUUUGCCUUGAGGGUCUGUUUGAUCUGUGUCAAUACAAACUUUGACUAAGCGAGAUACACACACACACACGCUGUCAGCGCCUCUGCUGAUAGGCAGAGGCAUCCUCCAUGGCACUACCGCACCGAAUCCAGUUCCAAGGCGCGGUGCAGGAAAGCCCACAAACUGCAACAUGCGUUGUACUUGUGAGGUCCUCCCGCUAACGCCGCAGAUCAUCAGCGAAUACUCGCGGGUACCUGUUGAAUGAAAUGUAAACAUUAUAUUUUAGCUGAGCUUCUUAUUGUGUGGUUAUCCAAUUGAUAUUGUCAACAUCACUGUUGACACUGGAGCUUAGUGCACCCUGACUGUAUACCUACCUGUGAUCAUGCCGGUCAUCAAGGGAUAUGUAGAGCAUUUAGAAAAUGUGUUCUAUUUCGCUCUCUGCUUUUCUUUUUCUUUUCUUUUUGGGCUACUGUGGAGCUGAUGGUGUUACACAGACUCGUUUCAAGUGCAUCCUUUUAUUUUGUUCCGUUCUGCACUGUAUGUGACAUGAAUUAAAUUGCAUUGAUGAUUUAAUCACUGACACGGUAUUUGUUUUGGUCGAGAGUAGAGACAGUAGUGAUUUCACCACACAAAUGCUCAUACUUGACGUAGAAUUUCGAAGUCAGCUUGUUGUCCAGAGUGUUGAUGUCGUGCAUCGAGCAUGUUUGGUGGCAGAAACAAAGACUGGGCAGUGUUGCUUUUUUUGCAGUACUGAAAACCGGGAAUCCUAAUGCAGAUGUUUGCGCAGUGCAGAUACUGUAAGGCAAUUGGAGAAAAAUAUGUCUUUAUUCUCAAAUGGGACCACACACGGCACUAUGCCAAGUUAACUUUGGACCUCAAAAUAAGAUUUGUUGUCUGCUGAAGCUGUGUUAAAGCAGGCCCUUUAAUAGGUAAACAUAAAUCAUUUCUGUUACAGCCGCGGUUACAUAAUACUUGAUGUCCUAUUUGAUUUUAGCCAUCAAAAGCGUAAUUUUCCAGCCAUGCUUUAUAGAAUCAGCUUGUUUGUUAUUCGAUCAGUUCUUUGAGGGGUAAAGAGGAGUUCCUGGAAAAUAACAGCAGAUUGCUACUGAAAAGAGUGGCUCGCAAUGUCAGUGUCACUUCUGUUUUGUCAAAUCAAACAAAAAUGCGACCGAAAGUAUACUAGGUUACAAUAUGUCUUAUCUAAUUAGGUUGUUUUUUCAGUAUAUCGAAUUUGCGGAGCAGUCAACUAGGAUGAAGUAAGCCAGAAACAAACUAUAAGAAAACAGGCACAGCAUUUCCAACAAAAGCAAGUUGUUGUAAGCACUUUAUGUUUGAUUAUAUUCAGGGCAUUUGAAUGGCGUUUCCACUUGAGUGGCAGUGGUUUCGGACUCUAAUUUUACAAAUGGAUUGGCGCCCAUUGUACAGCUUAAGACAAAAAGCUCUGUUUCAACGCUGAUAAUCCAGUUU